AUGGCCGGGGCGGCGGCCAGGCCUGACCGGGGGCGGAAGGCCGGGCCGCCCCGGGUCAAGCCCCCUCCUUCCACCCACCUCAGGAGGUUCUUGAGCUGCCAACUAAUUCACGUUUUUCCUCUGCAGAACCCGGACAUCACCAUCACCGACAAUGUCCUGCGCUUCAGAGCUCAGGGUCACGGUGCCAAAGGAGACAACAUCUAUGAAUUUGAGAUCGAAUUCCUCGAGCCAGUCGAGCCUAAACCUGUGUGCAGGAUGACGCAAAGACAGCUGAACAUCACUGUGCAGAAGAAAGAGAGUAACUGGUGGGAGAGGCUGACCAAGCAGGAGAAGCGCCCACUCUUCCUGGCACCCGAUUUCGACCGCUGGUUGGACGAGUCAGAUGCUGAAAUGGAACUGAAGGAGAAGGAAGAAGAAAAGAUUAACAAAAUGAAAAUAGAUUCCAGAGUCCCAAAAGACCCUUUCAAACACCUGAAGAAGGGAUACCUAAUCAUGUAUAAUCUUGUACAGUUCUUGGGAUUCUCUUGGAUUUUUGUGAACAUGACAGUUCGACUGUUCAUCUUAGGAAAAGAUUCCUUCUAUGACACAUUUCACACUAUUUCUGAUAUGAUGUAUUUCUGUCAGACCCUGGCAUUAAUGGAGAUCAUGAAUUCACUAAUAGGACUAGUCAGAACACCACUGAUACCUUCUGUAGUGCAGGUAUUUGGAAGAAACUUUGUUUUGUUCGUUAUCCUUGGAAUUGUGGUGUUCUUCAUAUUUUAUUUCUGGAGUAUCUCUGAGCUGUUCAGGUAUCCCUAUUACAUGCUUUCCUGCAUUGGCAUUGAAUGGAAACCACUCACCUGGCUCCGUUACACUGUCUGGAUCCCUCUCUACCCCUUAGGGGGCUUGGCAGAAGCUGUCUGUAUUGUUCAGUCCAUUCCAAUCUUCAGUGAAACAGGGAAAUUUAGCUUGGGAUUGCCAAAUCCACUGAACGUCACAAUCCAGUUUCCAUUUGUGCUUCAAAUAUUUCUUAUAGCCUUGUUUUUAGGAGUAUUUGUAAACUUCCGUCACCUCUACAAGCAAAGGAAACAGCACCUUGGACCAAAGAAGAGAAAGAUGAAAUGAAGCAGGACUGCUUUCUUAUCUCACUUGGGGACAAGAUAAGCCUCUAAUUCUUACGGUUUUACCCACUGUAGUGCAAAGAAUUUUGUAAAAUUAAAUGGCCACGCUAGAUUUCAUGAUUUCA